GAGCGGCUGGAGCGACGGUGGGUGGAGUACAGGAAGCUGCCGCUGUCCUCGGCUAUCUGAUCAUGGCCCAAAUCUAAUUCCUACGCAAACGCCACAAACAGACAAGCCGAGACUGUGGACAUUUGUGAUUUUAUACCCGUGCUUUUUUUCUUUUCCCGACUGAUUUGUGGUGAUCGAGGCGCUCCAAGAUGUCUCGGGGAGUGAUCCAGCCCAGCCAGCAGAAGCUGGCCGAAAAGCUCACCAUCCUCAACGACAGAGGCAUCGGGAUGCUGACCCGUGUUUACAAUAUCAAGAAGCAAGGACAAGUUUGGAAGGCCUGCGGAGACCCCAAGGCCAAGCCCUCCUACCUGGUGGACAAGAACCUGGAGUCUGCCGUCAAGUUCAUCGUCAGGAAGUUCCCUGCCGUGGAGACACGCAACAACAACCAACAGUUGGCUCAGCUGCAGAAGGAGAAGUCGGAGAUUCUGAAGAACUUGGCUCUCUACUACUUUACCUUCGUGGAUGUGAUGGAAUUUAAGGACCACGUGUGUGAGCUGCUCAACACCAUCGACGCGUGCCAAGUUUUCUUUGACAUCACGGUGAACUUUGACCUGACCAAGAACUAUCUUGACCUGGUGGUGACUUACACGACGCUCAUGAUUAUACUGUCACGCAUCGAGGAGAGGAAAGCCAUUAUCGGCCUGUACAACUAUGCUCACGAGAUGACGCACGGAGCCAGUGACCGCGAGUACCCCAGGCUGGGCCAGAUGAUCGUGGAUUAUGAGAACCCUCUGAAGAAGUUGAUGGAGGAGUUUGUGCCACACGGGAAGUCUCUGUCCGACGCCCUGAUCAGCCUUCAGAUGGUCUAUCCCAGAAGGAAUCUCUCCGCCGACCAGUGGAGGAACGCCCAGCUGCUCUCGCUCAUCUCGGCCCCCUCCACCAUGCUCAACCCCGCGCAGUCAGACACGAUGCCCUGCGAAUACUUAUCCCUGGACGCCAUGGAGAAAUGGAUCGUUUUCGGCUUCAUCCUGUGCCACGCGGUACUGAACAGCGACGCCGGCGCCUUGUCGCUGUGGAAGUUGGCGCUGCAGAGCUCCACCUGUCUCUGUCUCUUCAGGGACGAAGUCUUCCACAUCCACAAGGCUGCCGAGGACCUCUUUGUCAACAUCCGAGGGUACAACAAGCGCAUCAACGACAUCAGAGAGUGCAAGGAACAGGCCCUGUCUCACGCAGGCUCCAUGCACCGAGAGCGACGCAAGUUCCUCAGGUCCGCCCUCAAGGAGCUGGCCACCGUCUUGGCGGACCAGCCGGGCCUGCUGGGUCCAAAGGCGUUAUUUGUUUUCAUGGCGUUGUCGUUUGCCCGAGACGAGAUCAUCUGGUUGCUUCGGCAUGCGGACAACAUCCAGAAGAAAAGCACGGACGACUUCAUCGACAAACACAUUGCCGAGCUGAUCUUCUACAUGGAGGAGCUGCGAGCCCACGUGAGGAAGUACGGCCCCGUCAUGCAGCGAUACUACGUGCAGUACCUGUCCGGCUUCGACGCCGUCGUCCUCAACGAGCUGGUGCAGAACCUGUCUGUGUGCCCAGAGGACGAGUCCAUCAUCAUGUCUUCAUUCGUCAACACGAUGACCUCGCUCAGCGUCAAACAAGUUGAGGAUGGCGAGGUCUUUGACUUCCGGGGCAUGAGGCUCGACUGGUUUCGACUGCAGGCCUACACCAGCGUGUCCAAGGCCAGCCUGGGUAUCGCCGACCACAAGGAGCUGGGCAAAAUGAUGAACACCAUCAUCUUCCAUACCAAGAUGGUGGACUCGCUGGUGGAGAUGCUGGUGGAGACCUCUGACCUCUCCAUAUUCUGCUUCUACAGCCGCGCGUUUGAGAAAAUGUUCCAGCAGUGCUUGGAGCUUCCCUCGCAGAGCCGCCACUCCAUCUGCUUCCCUCUGCUUUGCACACACUUCAUGUCGUGCACCCACGAGCUCUGUCCCGAGGAGCGGCACCACAUAGGCGACCGCAGCUUGUCCUUGUGUAACAUGUUUCUGGACGAGAUGGCCAAACAAGCCCGAAACCUCAUCACGGAUAUCUGCACGGAGCAGUGCACCCUGAGUGACCAGCUGCUUCCCAAGCACUGCGCCAAGACCAUCAGCCAGGCCGUCAACAAGAAGAGCAAGAAGGCCACGGGAAAGAAAGGCGAGCCGGAGAGAGAGAAACCGGGAGUGGAGAGCAUGAGGAAGAACCGACUACUCGUCACCAAUCUGGACAAAUUGCACACAGCCCUAUCGGAACUCUGCUUCUCCAUCAACUACGUUCCCAACUUGGCGGUGUGGGAGCACACGUUCACACCGAGGGAGUACCUCACCUCCCAUCUGGAGAUCCGCUUUACCAAGUCCAUCGUGGGCAUGACCAUGUACAACCAGACCACUCAGGAGAUCGCCAAGCCCAGCGAGCUGCUGACCAGCGUGCGGGCCUACAUGACGGUGCUGCAGUCCAUCGAGAACUACGUCACCAUCGACAUCACGCGGGUCUUCAACAACGUGCUGUUGCAGCAGACGCAGCACCUGGACAGCCACGGCGAGCCCACCAUCACCAGCCUGUACACCAACUGGUACCUGGAGACGUUGCUCCGGCAGGUCAGCAACGGACACAUCGCUUACUUUCCCGCCAUGAAGGCCUUCGUCAACCUGCCCACGGAGAACGAGCUGACCUUCAAUGCCGAGGAGUACUCUGACAUCUCAGAGAUGCGUUCGCUGUCUGAGCUGCUGGGGCCGUACGGCAUGAAGUUCCUCAGCGAAAGCCUCAUGUGGCACAUCUCUUCGCAGGUGGCCGAGCUCAAGAAAUUAGUGGUGGAGAACAUGGAAGUGCUGACCCAGAUGAGAACCAGCUUUGACAAACCCGACCACAUGGCGGCGCUGUUCAAGAAGCUCACUUCGGUGGACAGCGUCCUGAAGAGGAUGACGAUCAUUGGAGUCAUCUUGUCAUUCCGCUCCCUGGCCCAGGAAGCGCUGAGAGACGUAAGAAACACCAAGACACAAGCGCGCGCUCUGUCGCGUCAACUCGGACCUCAUUCGAGCAGCCCCCCCGCAGCCGUGCAGGCGCAGUGA